CUCUUUUGCAAUUCGUCACUCAUUUCUAUCCCACUCUCUAGGGUUUAGCAAAAGCCAGUUCUUCAACAGAAGAAAAAUAAUGGCGACUAAAGCCCUUGUUAGAACCGGAGCGUCGCUGAUGAACCGGCUGAUAGCGAAUCCGCUUCUCAAGCAGAAGCCGAUUUCCAACCACCGAAUUGCGAAUCAAGGCUUCCAAAUCACUCCUCAGCUCUUCCCGUCUCUCUUGAAGCCACAACCCUCUCUCCAUUUUCCUCAAAACGAUGCCGACUCCCUCUCUAAAGUCUCCUCUUUAGGGUUUCUCUAUCCGACUGGCCUCCCUUCUUUCCGCUUCUUCCUGCCGGACGUGGAUUCAGCCAGCGAGCCAAUGCUCUUAUUCCCCAAAAGAACAUAUCAGCCUAGUCAUAUCAAGCGCAAAAGGACUCAUGGAUAUUUUGCUCGCAAGGCAACAAAGGGUGGCCGACGAGUCAUUGCUCGAAGAAUAGCAAAGGGUCGUUCGAGAAUUACUGCUUAACAUCUCUUUUACUGGUAAUGUUUUGAUCAGAAUCAAAUUUCAAUGCUCCCUGAAAUGUGGUACAACUAAGCAAUUUCAAAACACUUUUGCUCAACUCUGUUGGCUCUGCCUGUCCUGGUGACACCUUGGAGGAGUAUUGUUCUUUCUUCAGAUAGAUGUUUUUUUUAGUGAUAUCUGAUAUGUUGACUAUUAGAUUGUCUUUCAAUACAUUAGUGUUUGCAAGAAUUAACUGACUAAGAAAGUUAUGAAAAUGGUUGUAGUUCAUUAUCAGGAAGUGUAGUUGCAUUUGAUUUGAUCUCUGUUUGUCUGCUUAGAACAAUUGAAAUUUUGAGUCUGAUUUAGAGAUCAAAGAUUGUGUUAGGAAGGACAAAUUGCGUUUGUUGAUUCCAAAAGGAUGUGUACCAACUCUUUUCUUCCUAAUACAUACAGUGCAACUGCUUGUUAGUCUUUGGAUGAAGUUUUAUGAUGAGCGUGGAACAAUAUUCUACCA